AUGGAUUUACAACAUUUACUUAUAUUAUGUUGUUAUGGAGGACAACCAUAUAUAGACUUUCAUCAGGAUAUCAGUCAUCAGUUUACUCGACAAAUGGAUCCAACCGAAUGGAUGGCUACGGAUACUGCCGGCAUAUUAUUAAUGCAAUCAGAUAAUAGUAGUAAUAUGAAUGAUAUUCCUCGUUUAAAUGAAAUUCAAUUAGCUGGUACAAACAUAUCAAAUUGUGAUUUAUUCAAUGUCACAUUCAUGACAACUUCUGAUCAACAAUUAUUUAAAGCUUACAAAGCUGAUUUAUCAUGCAGAUGUCCAACUGGUGCAUACGGUUCGUCGUGUGAAUAUCUGAUUCAUUCAUCUAACACUGCUGCUCUCAAAUCAACUGUUGAUACAUUAAGCUCACAAAUAAGCUUACAAAAAAUCUCGAUGAUUAUUGUCCUAGCUGCUGUUCUACUCGCUUUCUUCAUCAUCACAUUCAUGAUGGUUCGUGGUUGCUUUUGCGAUUGCUUCGGCCCGUUCUCACUCUCGUACUCGAAAGCUGGACAGGAGCCAUAUGAUAAACCACUUGACCCUCGUGACGUUGAGAAAUGUCUUCGAAAAUAUCGUCAAUAUGAAGCUGAGCAACAGAUGGCUAUGGAUCAGAAUAGGCCUCUAGUUGCAACAAUCAGUUCAAGUUAUAAUGCUUACAAUCCAACAACAGUUGGACCUACAGCACCUUUACCACCACCAGCAGCGAAUCCACAAUAUCGCCCACCUUCACCUCCUCCAUCAUAUAGUUCAAUAGCUGGUAGUCAAGAUCGUUUACCUACCACAUCAAUCUAA